AUGGCUCGGCCAGGAUCAGGGCUGCUGGUGCCCAUGAACGGAGUGGGGUACCCCCCUCAGAACCUGGCCCGGGUGGUGGUCUGGGAGUGGUUGAAUGAGCACGGGCGCUGGAGGCCGUACAGCGCAGCCGUUUGCCACCACAUUGAGAACGUACUGAAGGGGGACGCCCGGGGGAGUGUGGUCCUGGGGCAGGUGGAUGGUCAGCUCGCUCCUUACAUCAUCGACCUGCAGUCCAUGCACCAGUUCCGACAGGACACAGGCACCAUGAGACCAGUGCAGAGGAACUUCUACGAGCCGUCGUCGGCCCCAGGUAAAGGUGUGGUGUGGGAGUGGGAGAAUGACAACGGCUCAUGGACGCUGUACGACAUGGAGAUCUGCGUGACAAUCCAGAACGCCUAUGAGAAGCAGCACCCCUGGCUGGACCUGACCUCUCUGGGCUUCUGCUACCUCAUCGACUUCAACAGCAUGUCUCAGACCAACAGGCAGAGUCAGCGUAAGCGGCGCCUGCGAAGACGCAUGGACCUGGCCUACCCGCUCAUAAUGGGCUCCAUUCCCAAGUCUCAGUCAUGGCCAGUGGGGGCCAGCUCUGGUCAGCCCUGCUCCUGCCAGCAGUGCAUCCUGGUCAACAGUACAAGAGCGGCCUCGAACGCUAUCCUGGCCUCUCAGCGGCGCAAGCUAUACGGAGGGACAGUUGGCAACUCGGGGGCGAUGGGAACCCUCACUGCAGUGCGGCAGAGCAACACCUUCACUGGGACCUCCCUGUGGUCUCCGACAUCCGGCUCUUCCAGCACCAACAACAAUAAUAUCAGCGUGGGAGGUGGGAUUUCUAAAUCUGAACCGGUGCAGUCGCCACCGUCUUCUGUCAACUUCCCCUGUUCCCCCGUGAUGCCGUCACUUUCAUCCUCCCAUGGUCACCACGCUCUCACCAUCAACGGACAAAACAACCUGAACCGGCCAGGCACCCAGCGCAUCUCCAUGGGAACUGCCCGAGGAGCCGUUCCACCCGGCGUUCCUGCCCUCCCAGUGAAGAAUCUGACAGGCUCAGGACCAGUGCACCCAGCACUCGCAGGUAUGACAGGUAUCCUGAUGUGCGCUGCAGGUCUGCCAGUUUGCCUGACGCGAGCUCCAAAGCCCAUACUGCACCCACCCCCCAUCAACAAGAGCGACAUGAAGCCCGUGCCGGGGAUCAAUGGCAUGCGCCGCAAAACCAAAAAGAAGCACCUUAAGAGAGGAAAAAACCCAGAAGAUGUGGUGCGAAGGUACACGGAGAAGAUCAAAGUAGUUCCAGACGAGGACUGUACCAUCUGCAUGGAGAGGCUUGUAAUGUCGUCAGGCUAUGAAGGCAUCCUGCAGCAGAAAGGCAUCAAGCCAGAGCUGGUGGGCAAACUUGGCAAAUGUGGUCACAUGUACCAUCUGCUGUGCCUCGUGGCCAUGUACAACAAUGGCAAUAAGGAUGGCAGUCUGCAGUGUCCAACAUGUAAAAGCAUCUAUGGAGAGAAAACCGGCACUCAGCCUCCAGGGAAGAUGGAGUACCACGUUAUCCCCCACUCCCUCCCCGGAUACCUCGACUCCAAAACCAUUCGCAUCGUUUAUGACAUUCCUGCAGGAAUGCAGACCAAUGAGCACCCCAACCCCGGUAAGAAGUUCAGCGCGAGAGGAUUCCCUCGACACUGCUACCUGCCUGACAACGAGAAAGGCAGGAAGGUCUUGAAGCUGCUUAUCAUGGCCUGGGACCGCCGGCUCAUCUUCACCAUCGGCACGUCCAGCACCACCGGAGAGUCAGACACGGUGGUCUGGAACGAGAUUCACCACAAGACAGAGUUUGGCUCUAACCUGACCGGCCACGGCUACCCUGACCCCAACUACUUGGACAAUGUGAUGACAGAGCUGUUGGCACAGGGUGUCGGAGAGGACAACCUCAAGGACAACUCCUAAACUUCACCCAAGCUAACACCCCCUCUUGGGUUGUGGACUAAGAGCAAUAGAAGCAGAAAUGAAGGUUCCAUGUCCGGUUAUCUCUUGAACCAUGCCUUGAGCAUGUCCCGCCGGUGGUAGUCUCUCAUAAGACUGAGGAUACAUGAACUUUUUUAUAUUUCUGCUGAAAGCUGCAAGUCAACUAUAUUUAGCCUCCUGUAGAUUCAAAGCGACGCCGUUCUUCUGCACUUGGAGUUGAACUGCAAAGGGGCCAAAUCAAACAUAACUGUAAAGGCUACGCUGUUGAAUGCAUGGCCCCGACUAACGCUGCAUCAUGAAUGUCCAGCAAAUAUCAGCAAUAGGGGGAAGGUUUCAGUAGUUCAGCUGUUUGAUAUCAUGAGACGAAAGAAAAAUAUCAACUUUAAAAAGGAUCACACACUGAUUUUUUUUUUUUUUUUUGCUUGCGUUACACGUUCAGAAUGAUCUCAUGAAUGUGCUACAAGUACUUUAAGCUGCUGGUGCCA